AUGAAGAUACUCUUUGUUUUUGCACAUCCAGAUAAAAGGUCAUUUAACUACUCUUUAUUGAAUGCUGCUAUCAGACGUUUGGAAGAAAAUGGGCAUACAGUAAAAGUUAGUGAUUUAUAUCGUAUGAAAUGGAAAGGUAUUGUUGAUGAGGACGAUUUCUUGAACCAUGAAAAGGGUACCAGAUUGAAAGUCGUUUUAAGUUCUACAAAAGCCUAUGAAGAUGAUCAAUUAACUGAAGACGUUCUCACUGAACAAGAAAAAUUGAAUUGGGCUGAUGUUGUAAUUUUCCAAUUCCCAUUAUGGUGGUUCACAAUGCCCGCAAUCUUGAAAGGAUGGUUUGACAGAGUGUUUACAAGUGGGUAUGCUUACAAUAUUGGCGAACAUAAUCAAAAAAGAGCUGGUGAUAGAUAUGGUGAGGGUGUAAUGGCUGGUAAACGUGCAUUUUGUAUAAUUACCGCAGGUGGCAGGGAACAACAUUUUUCUGAAAGGGGAAUCAAUGGUGACAUUAAUGAUAUACUUUUCCCAAUUAAUCAUGGGAUGUUGUUUUAUCCAGGAUUUACCGUCUUACCACCAGUUGUUAUAUUUAGAGUAGAUUCAGAGAGUACUGAAGUAUACAUGCAAGCAGAAAAAGAAGUCUUGGAACGCAUGGAUAACAUUACAGAGAUUAAGCCCAUUAGUUACAGGAAGCAAAACUUCGGUGAUUACAAGAUUCCAGAACUAACUUUAAAAGAUGGGGUUGAACAACCUUCUAAUACUCAUUUUGAUAUUCAUAUCAUACAAGAUUGA